AUGACACUGCGUCACAUAGCAAGCUUGUACCUUGUUAUCGUCCAUCCUCUGCAGCCUCGUAUAAUGUUGCGGACAGCUUGCGGAGUUCUUCUCAUCAUAUGGCUCACAUCUAUAUUUGUUGCAGCGCCCGCAGCUUACUUUGCCACUGAAACAGAUUUUGAUGCUCAACAUGAGCCUGGCGGGAAAGUCUUCUGUGGUCAAAUCUGGCCAGCUGAUAGGGCGCUGCUUUAUAAAUCAUACUCUCUCUUUCUGCUUGCGGUAGAGUUUCUAGCUCCAGUCAUAAUCAUGAGUCUGUGCUACAUUCGUAUAUGCCAUCAGCUCUGGUUUAGAAACCUACCUGGUUUCCAAACAGAGCAGCUGCGAGAGCGCUUGCAGGCACGGAGAAAGACUGUGUUGAUGUUGGUAGCUGUGCUUUUGGCUUAUGUUUUCUGUUGGUCACCAUUUUAUUGCUAUGCCAUUGUUAGAGAUUUUUACCCAGGUCUGUUGUUAAAGGAAAGGCAUGCUAUAGCACUUUACUACAUAGUGGAAUGCAUUGCCAUCAGUAACAGUAUUAUUAAUACUCUUUUCUUUGUCACAGUGAAGAAUCGCCCACAGUUUUGUUUAAAGGGAAAAUGUGAAAGAUAUAUUACAUUCCAGGGAUGUAAAACAUCUGUCCAACCUACUGCUGUGUAACAGUCAGUCUUUCAUUAACUUUAUGGCAGUGAAAUGCAUUGCCAUCAGUAGCAGUAUUAUUAAUACUCUUUUCUUUGUCACAGUGAAGAAUCGCCCACAGUUUUCUUUAAAGAGAAAAUGUGAAAGAUAUAUUACAUUCCAGGGAUGUAAAACAUCUGUCCAACCUACUGCUGUGUAACAGUCAGUCUUUCAUUAACUUUAUGGCAGUGAUCAACAACCAGUGGAACGUGAGUAACAUGUUACUCACCAACACCUUGGAUGUUGCUCCCUGUGGCCUCAAAGUAGGAGCUUAUGUCUGAAUUUCUGCCUUGGUGGCACUAUUUAGUUUCAUUAAAAAUGUGUACUGCCAAACAGAGCCUCCUGUAGGCUGCCAGUUCACAAAGGGUCUCUGAAUAGUCAAUCACAGCCCAUAAUUGACACCCCCAGUAACUUUAGCAUUCUUGUGCUGCUCUCUAAUUCUUUUCACUUUUGAAUGUGAAUGAUGUAAAAAAUGGUUGGGGAG